CCUUCACUUCCCUGAAGUUCCUGCGUGGAUUGUUUACAAGUGUGUCGCUUUUCUCCCGCGUUGCGAGAGAAUAAACAAGGAGCAGCUGAUGCGGGAGAGCAGCUGACGAGGCUCUGAGGAUGAUUAAGACGGAGAAGAUCCUGCACCUGAAGAGCUGCAGGGGCCGGAAGGUCCGCGUGGUCCGGGAGCACUAUGUGAGGGAGCGGGUCCCGUGUUUCAGCGCUCUGUGUCAGGCGGACUGCGACAACCAGGAUGGCAAAGUGCUGCCGGGAGACUUGACCCACUACGUGGUCCCUGACGUCGGGGUGGUGGUGGACUAUCUGGAGAUCCUGGAGUUCAGAGAGCUGCAGGGCAUCGUCUUCACCCAGACCGCCUGCCAGGCCGUGCAGCACAGCAAAGGCCGCAGGCAAUACAACCGUCUGCGAAACCUGCUCAAAGACCCUCGACACGACUGUGUGCUGUUCGCCAAUGAAUUUCAAGAGUAUUCCUACUGUCCACGGGAGAAAGGGGAGAGCCAGGAGAAGUGGCAGACCAGGUGUGUGUACUCUGCAGCAGUGUGGUACUACAACCACCUGGCCGGUAUGAGGGACGUGGUGAUGAUCACGGAGGACCAGGAGGCCGUGGCUCAGUACAGCAGCCUCCACUCCGGAGUCUACGUCAUCUCCAUCAAGGAAUUUUUGCAAAACUUCUGGCCAGAGCUGCAGGCAGCACAUGAGCUGUACAGCUCCAUCUCCCAGGCGCUGCACGAGAAGGAGAGCGAGGCCACGGAGAGAGAGUACGCCGAACAUCUGCCCGCCGAGGUCCUGGAGGCUGGAAUCAAGUCUGGGCGGUACAUUCAGGUACAGAACAAGUCCACCUACGUGGUUUUAUGUUGAGUGGGUCUCUCUUUAGAAUCGCUGUUCUGGUGAACAAAAGGCUUCUUGAAAUGUCUGGAAAAAGUAAAAACUUGUGGACUAGUUUGUGGACUGAUGUUAUGAAGCACAAGUUUGCUGAUGUUUUUUUC